GUACUGCCUCAUGCAGUCCAUCAAGCACUGCCAGGUGCAGCGCGAGAGCCUGGUGCGCGCGGGCAAGAAGAUCGCCUACCAGGGCCGCGUCAAGGACGAGCCGGCCUACUACUGCAACGAGUGCGACGUGGAGGUCUUCAACAUCCUGUUCGUGACGAGCGAGACGGGCGGGCGCAACACGUACCUGGUGCACUGCGAGGGCUGCGCGCGGCGCCGCAGCGGCGCCCUGCACGGCGUCGUGGUCCUCGAGCAGUACAAGACCGAGGAGCUCAUGCAGAUCUACGACGGCUUCACCCUGGGACACCUGGGGACAACCCUGGCCUGGGGACGCACAGGGGUGACCCUGUCCUGGGACACCUGGGGCCGACCCUGUCCUGGGGACACCCGGGGGUGA